AUGGACAAAUCCAUCCGCACGUUAUUACUGCUAUUAUCCUUGCUGUCCAUUUAUACCGAGUGUGUGCACGGUGAGGGUUUUGCACUGGCGCCCAUUGAACUUGCUCCCAUCCCCUGUAAUGACAAAGCAGUGGAGAAGCUGUCUCGUCUGGCUGUGACUUACAUCAAUGAGGAUCGCACUGAUGGCUAUAAGUUCGCCCUCAACCGCGUUGCAAAUGUCCACCUGCAUGCUCAGGGCCCAGCGGGCAAUGUGUAUUAUCUGGACCUGGAUGUCCUGGAGACCAAGUGUCACAUAGGCAGCCCAAAACCAUGGAAACGCUGUGACGUCAGACCAUUCAUGGAAACACAAAUCUCCGGCAACUGCAACACCACCAUUCUGCACACACCAGAAGGAUACUCCUACCUGUACAGCUACGACUGCACGCUUGUCCCAGAUCCCCCAGAGAAGCUCCAGCUGACCUGUCCAACCUGCCCUGUCCUGCUGCAGGUAGAAAGCCAACAGGCCGUGAACGCUGCUCGGGCCACUCUGGCGUCCUAUAAGAGACAGUCCACACUGGGUGCCGGCCUCGGAGUGAAGAAGAUCACCAGAGCUUCAGCGCAGGUUGUGCCAGUGAAAGCCACCUUUGUGGAGUACACGGUCCAAGAGUGUCCAGAGGGAGUGACAGAAAGAGGCACCUGCCAGCGAAUGACACUCGACUCUGACACAGAGACUGCAGGUUUCUGUACAGGAUCUGUGUAUGGAGACUUGAAUGGCCAUUCUGAUGCUCAGGUGUCCUGUGAGAUGUUCAAAGUACAGAAUGUGGACAUCCUCAGACCAGUGGAGCCUCAGGGUCACGACCUCCCUCAAGACCCUGACAUCCCAACCUUCCCGACCCUGAUCAAUGACCCGGGAAACGAUCCGCAGCCUGUUCCCUCUGACCCAACACUGCCCCCUGCUGUUCAACCAGCGCCAUUUGACCCCACGCCCAUUCACCCCGUGCCCUUUGACCCCUCUGUUGUGGUUAACCCCUCUCAGCCCCUCAGCUCAUCUUCCAGUGAGUCUGAUGAAUGUCAGCAGCAGCAACCACGAGUUACUGGUCCUUUUGAUUCAUCCUCUGAAGAGAUAGGAGGCUCCGUGGCACUGCGACCACCCUUAAACUUUCGCUACCAGAGGCGUGAGCGCAAAAAGCGACAAGCCUUGUUGCAGACCUCGCCCACUCACAACCCCUUCUUCCUUUCUGAUUUCCCCAGUGGGGCCUCUCCUUUCCGCUCUUGUCCCGGUCCCUCUCGAUAUACCACAGUUUAA